AGGCUGCUAGAUAUGAUGAUAUUGAUGAUGUCAUAAGCUUAGCAUCUACAGGUGUUUCUCUUGAUUCUGCGGAUUCUCAAGGAAGAACAGGAAAAAUGAGAAGACAAAAAGAUAAGUUUUGGCAACAUGCUGAGCAACUUGAUAAUUUACAUUUCAAAUGUAAAUUUUGUGAAAAGCAAGUUUAUGGAGGGGUCACUCGCCUCAAGUAUCAUUUGGCUAAGGUUAAGGGUUAUGAUGUUGUCUCUUGUGAGAAAGUAACUGAUGAUGUUCAAGCAGAAGCUCUUCUUGCUAUUAGUGCUGAAUCAAGUAAUAAAAAGCGUAAGAGUAGUACCAGUGGUGAGAGUGGGGCUGGUUCCUCUCCGUUGACUCUUUUAAUUGUAAAUAGUAAAACGUAGUCCACAAUGGAGGAAAGGAUCCCUAAGAUGGACAAACCAACUUGGGAGAAAUGUCUCUUUGAAUUCUUUAUUAAGAACAAUAUUCAUUUCAGUGUUCAAUCGGAGGCUUUAAUCAAGUUCUUGAAAUGCGUUGCCCGUUAUGGUCCUAGUAUUCUUAUUCCAAGUUAUUCUACUCUUCGUGGAAGAAUAAUCCCUGAAGCAAGAAAGGACAUUGAGAAAUAUGCUGAAAAAGUGAUAUUUUCUUGGAAGGAAACUGGUUGUAUAAUCAUGUUUGAUUUAUGGACUGACUUGAGGAAGCGAUCUUUUCUUAACGUGAUCACUUAUUCCCCGGGUGGUGCUCUUUUUUUGAAGUCAGAGGAGUGCUCUCAUGCUAGAUUGACUGGUUCUUUUAUAUUUGAUAUUCUGGACAGAGAGAUUCAAAGUGUUGGUCCAAAUUUAGUGGUUCAGAUAAUUUCAGACAAUGCAUUCAAUUAUGGAAGUACAUUUGAUAUGCUUACUGGAAAGUAUCGUUGGUUGUUUAAAACUCAGUGUGCAGCUCAUGGUAUCAAUCUAAUGUUGGAGGACAUCUAUGAAGAUGUUAUUUGGGUUCAAGAAAUUUUUGAUGAGGCAAAAAGAAUUAUCGAUUACUUGUAUAAGUCAAUAAUUGUCUUACAGUUGAUGAGAAAAUUCACAAACAAGGAUCUAAAAUAUCCUUAUAAAACUAGAUUUGGUUCAAAAUUUUUAAUGCUUCAGUCAAUUGUUGAAGUGGAAGAGAAGCUUAAACUCCUAGUUGUAUCAGCUGAGUGGAGGAGUCUAAGAAAUUCUAGAUCUACUGAAGCAGAUAGAGUGGUAGACACUAUUCAAAGGGAGUCAUUUUGGAAUGACUCUAAAGAGAUUUUGAGAUUUAUGGAACCAAUCAUUCAAGUUCUUCGUUUGGUUGAUGGUCAUGGGGCUACAUCAGGGUAUUUGUAUGAAGCAAUGGAAAUAGCAAGAGAGGUAUUGGAGAAGCUUAAGGAGGCAGACCAUCGGUAUGACCAAAUUUUGAGAAUCUUUGAUUGUAGAAGGGAUGAAAAUAUUUUAGGUAUGAUUCACUAUGCAGCUGCCGUUUUCAACCCUGCUUAUUUUUGUAGUCAAAGAUUCAAAAAGGUUCCUCAAUUCAAAGAAGCAAUAGAUUUCAUUGGUGAUAUAUUGGUUCCACAAGAUGAGAGGAGAGGAUAUUAUGGACAAUUGCCAGCAUACCUCAUGAAGACUACACAUAUUUUUUCUUCCAGUGCCAAGAUAAUGAUGAAAACUAGUCAUCCUUGUCAUUUAAAAUUGCAUAUUUAUAUUUAUUUCAUUUUUUUUUACCAAUGACAGAGGUUUGGUGGACUCUUCAUGGUAAUGCUAUUCCUAUCUUACGGAAGUAUGCCAUUCGAAUUUUAAGCCAACCAUGUAGUUCUUCACCUUGUGAGAGAAAUUGGAGUGCCUGGGAUGCAGCACGAAGAAAAAAGAGGAACAGAUUAUCAACAAUGAUGUUAGAUGAUUUAGUCUAUGUUAAAAUGAAUUCAUUGAUGACGGAAAAGAGGGGUGAACUUGAACAGAAAAACAUGUUGCCUAUUAAUCUUGACAACAUUAGUGUCAACGAUUUCGAUGAGAGCAUUGAGGCCGUUGAUAAAGAGCUAGAGAGAUUAUUGGAUGAUGUGGAUGAUAGCAUCGCUGAAGACUUGCUAUUUGGUGCAAGUACUCGUUUUACUAAGAGCGAGACUCAACCCCCAGACAGUCUUAUUUGAUUUAGUUGAGUUAUGGUGAUGUAAUUAUUGUUAUGCUUUUUUCGAUGUUUUGCUUUAUUUAGAGUACUUUUUCUUCUUAAGCAUGGAUGAUGUAAUUAGGUGAGCCAUAGGCUAAAUAUUAUGAUUUUCAACUUUUAUAUGCCUACCAAGUAUAUUGGUGGAAGCAUUAGAACAUGCUUUUAAAAUUGGAUUACUGUAACCAUUGCUUCCAUCGCUCAAUGAGAACUUUUUUUAGGUUUUGAUUGUAGUGCAUAUUUGAACUACAGUAAUUUGCUCUUUCUAGGUAUGCAUAUAGCCUCUUUUUAUGUCUUUUGUAUCUUAGGUAGAUAUGUUAAUUGCUAUUACCCCAGAAAAAAAAUAAUUGCUUGAUAAUAUAAUAAUAUAAAACAUAUAUAAUAAAUCAUAAAAAUAAUAUUCGAAUUUUUUGCCUGACUAUUAUUUUGGUAAAAGAAUAAUUCCCGAAUCUGAAUCCGAAUCCAGAUUUUAUUUUGCCCGCUUUUUUGACCGAACUCGUAAAUUAACCAACCGAAUUAUUCCGAAUAAUUCCCGAAUCUGAAUUUGUUAACUAGGUUGUUUCUACCUCUAUUAGUUGCCUUAUGGUAGUAUGAUGGGUAGGCAUGUAAUUCCCCUUUCAUUAUUGGGUAAGUGAAUUAAUAUAGGGGCGAGAAGCCCAUUCUCUCCCAAAUCUUUCUACUGCCAACUCUUUCUUUUCUCCUUCUCCUCUUCAUCUUCUUCUUCAUCUUCCUCCUCUCAUCUUCUUCCUUCUCCUUUUGUUCUCUUGCAACCUUUAGUUUCCAACUUACUAUAAUCUUAUUCCAAGUGGGUUUUGAUUAUGGUUUAAAGUAUCUCCGAUAUUGAUACGACACUAUUAACAACAAGAAUGGGGAGAGUGCUUGAGUGAUCUAACUAAUCACACAAGCCCUUUAUUAAUAAUAUGCAAAAUAGAGUCACAACAAGAGUCCAAGUGAAAAAACAUAACUCAAUUAUAAGUAUAUCCCCCAUCCAGCCACCCCACUCUAAAUAGGGUCGGUGGAGGGGGGGAAGUCCCAAUGCGCCCCUGUGGCACAUUUAACCUUUAUUCUAACACUCACUCUUAAGUUAGCGUUUA